UUGGCGGGUACAGAUAUCUAUAGAGAGAGAAAGUGAUGAGUGAGAAAAAAGUGUGCAGACUCGCCUUGACAAAAAACCAGAGAGAGACUGAGAGAGACAGCGGCUUAAAUACCAGGAUUUACGAACGAAAGCUCAUUCAAGAACCCAGACACUGUGCAAUAAAGGGCAGAAAAGAGAGGCCACUCUCAAAUCUCACUGUUGGAGAACAACUCCCUCUUUCACACCUGCAAACCGGAAAGCCCCCCGGGAUAACACUUGUCGUCGAUCAUUACUGUCUCCGAUUGAUAGAAUAGAAUAGAAAGGGGAAGCUUUGGGGCGAGUGGGUGUGGGAGUCGAUUCUUUGGAUGAUUGCUUGUUCUCGUGACGUGUCAGUGAAUUGGGAACUGGAAUGGAGCUUUACGGGGAUCAGCAGCCGGUGGAAUGGGGUCAGGAGCCCGGUUUGGAAGAGUCUAUGCGGAGGUUGAAUUUGUGGGAUCGAGAGGUGUAUCCGGAGAGGCCGGGUUUGCCCGACUGCGCGUACUACAUGCGAACCGGGUCUUGCGGGUACGGGUCCAAGUGCCGCUACAAUCAUCCCCGCGAUCGUAGCAGCUCGUUGGCUGGGGGAGAUUAUCCAGAACGAGCAGGAGAGCCGGGAUGUCAGUAUUAUUUAAGAACAGGUACCUGUAAGUUUGGUGCAACCUGCAAGUUCAACCACCCGAAAAAUGCUGGUGGCUUGUUGACCAAUGCACCUCUAAAUAUUUAUGGAUAUCCAUUACGAUUGGGUGAGAAAGAGUGCUCCUAUUAUUUGAAAACGGGGCAAUGCAAAUUUGGUAUAACAUGUAAAUUCCAUCAUCCUCAACCGACUGGUGUCUCUGUGCCAGCAUCUGCACGCCCAUUUUAUCCAACCGUGCAGUCUCUUUCUUCUCCUUCACCUGAACAGUAUGAGAGCACAACGAGCAACUACAGGCUUGCAAGGCCUCCUUUGUUACCUGGUUCAUACGUGGCUGGUGCUUACGGUCCCAUGCUUCUCCCUGGAGUUGUUCCUUAUCCUAACUGGAAUCCAUACUCUGGAGGACCAGUUAGCCCUGCACCAUCUCCCGGUGCUCAACCCUCAGUUGAACCAACGACGAUGUAUGGGUCAUCCCAGCCAGGCUCCUCCAUGCCUGGUUUAGCUGGAACACCUUACCCAUUGCCCUCAUCUACCGGCCCUUCAGGCAGCCUAACAAAGGAGCAACAAUUUCCAGAAAGACCCGGCCAGCCUGACUGUAAGUACUACAUGAGAACUGGAGAUUGUAAAUAUGGAUCAUCUUGUAGGUUUAAUCAUCCUCCGGACUGGGCCAUAUCAAUGUCUAAUUGUGUUCUCAGUCCCUUGGGACUGCCACUUCGCCCGGGGGUGCAAGCGUGUGCAUUCUAUCUGCAGAAUGGAUACUGUAAAUUCGGACGCACAUGCAAAUUUGAUCAUCCUAUGCCAGCUGCAAGAUACAGUCAAGCAUCAUCGUACACUGAAAUGCCAGGGUGACCGUGUUGCAGGAUCAAAAGUAGAGGUUAGUGCCACUGAAAAUGCUCCCAGUGGCUCUGUGGACCUAUUGUUUCCAGAGAGACAGUUUAUCUUUCACUCAACAACAUCCAGUUCUUGAAAGCCAAAGCUAUCCAUCCCUUCAACUAUAAAUAAGAGCAGAAUAAAGGGUGGUGAAGAUUACCACCUCCUGUGAUGUAUAUACAUGUACCCUCUUAUUUAUUGCUUCAUUUCUGUUUGUAAGAACGUCAGAUCAAACUCUAUCUAUGGUGUGUAAUUCAAAUUUGGAAGUUCUUCUUUUUUUGUGUUAUUUUUAUUAUCAAAAGUUUCUUACUCUUCAGU